GCGUCACACCCUCUCCUCCGCUUACCCCACUUCCAACCUGGAAGUGUCCCCCAACGCCACCAACGCCAUACCCCACCCCCUCUCCUUCUCUCUCUCUCUCUCUACUCUCUCUCUAUCUCUUCUCUCUCUCUCUCUCUAUCUCUACUCUCUCUCUCUCUUCUUUCUCUCUAUAGAUCCAGGGGUGGAGGAGGAGGAGGAGGAGGAGGAUGGAGAUGGAGGCGCUGACGCAGAGGGCGCAGCUGUUGAGGGAGUCGCUGCAGAAGAGCCAGGCCAUCGCCGAUGGGGUCGUCGCCAUCCUCGGCUCCUUCGACCACCGCCUCUCCGCCCUCGACGCCGCCAUGCGCCCCACCCAGGUGAGGACGCACGCGAUUCGGACGGCGCACGAGAACAUCGACCGCACGCUUAGGGCCGCCGACGUCAUACUCGCCCAAUUCGAUCGCAUCAGAGAGGCAGAGCGGGACAUAUUGAAGGGGCCAAAUGAGGAUCUUCAAGGUUUCCUAGAUGCAGUUGAUCGUUUGAAAAGUAUUGUGCGCUUUUUUAGCUCAAAUAAAAGCUACAAGAGCAGUGACGGAGUGCUCAACCAUGCGAAUGGCCUUCUUGGUAAGGCUAUUAUGAAGAUGGAGAACGAAUUUCAGAAGCAAUUAACUUCACGCAGCAAGCCUCUGGAGCCUGACCGCCUUUUUGAUUGCCUUCCGAGCUCACUCCGGCCAUCAUCGGAGGCUGAUAGUGGUGGAAACCGAUCAUCUUCCAAUCAUUCUGAGCAACAACAAAAACUAGAGAAUGCUGUAUACACACCUCCUACACUCAUCGAUCCGCGUUUUGUGCCUCUGCUUUCUAAGUUAGCUCAGCAGUUGGUUCAAGCUGGACAUCAACAGCAAUGUUUAAGAAUCUACAGGGAAGCUCGAUCUUCAGCUUUAGAAAUGAGCCUUAAGAAUUUGGGAGUCGAAAAACUGAGUAAAGAGGAAGUGCAGAAAAUGCAGUGGGAGAGUUUAGAGGCCAAAAUCGGCAAUUGGAUUCACUUUAUGCGAAUUGCUGUCAAACUGCUUUUUGCUAGUGAGCGGCAAUUAUGUGAUCAAAUUUUUGAAGGUGUUGAUUCUCUGAAGGAUCAGUGUUUUGCUGAAGUAACUUCAAACAGUCUUGCGGUGCUGCUCAGCUUUGGAGAGGCUAUUGCUAAAAGCAAAAGGUCGCCAGAGAAAUUGUUUGUGUUACUAGAUAUGUAUGAGAUAAUGCGGGAACUUCAAUCUGAGAUUGAGACCAUAUUUGAGGGCAAAGCAUGUGUUGAAAUGCGGGAGUCUGCGCUGAGCUUGACGAAACGCUUGGCGCAAACGGCACAGGAGACUUUUGGUGAUUUUGAGGAGGCAGUUGAAAAGGAUGCAACAAAAACUACUGUUCUUGAUGGAACUGUGCACCCUUUGACGAGCUAUGUUAUCAAUUAUGUCAAGUUUCUGUUCGACUACCAAUCAACAUUGAAGCAGCUUUUCCAAGAGUUUGGAACUGGAGAUGAAAAUAAUUCCCAACUCGCAUCUGUAACUAUGCGAAUAAUGCAGGCUCUCCAGACUAACCUGGACGCAAAAUCUAAGCAAUACAAGGAUCCCUCUCUAACUCACCUAUUUCUUAUGAAUAAUAUCCACUAUAUGGUCAGAUCUGUUCGCAGAUCUGAAGCCAAGGAUUUAUUGGGCGAUGACUGGAUACAAAGACACCGGAGGAUUGUGCAGCAGAAUGCUAAUCAAUACAGAAGGGUUGCUUGGGGCAAGGUAUUGCAGAGUCUCUCAGGUCAAGGCUUAACUUCAUCAGGAGGAAGUGGUCCUCCGGGGAGUGACGGAGGCAAUAGUAGUGGAGCAUCGAGAGCUGCCGUGAAAGAGAGGUUCAGAUCCUUCAACGUGCAGUUUGAGGAGCUACAUCAGAGGCAAUGCCAAUGGACCGUGCCUGACCAGGAGCUGCGUGAGUCUUUGAGGCUUGCAGUUGCUGAAAUUCUAUUACCUGCGUACAGAUCUUUCAUAAAGCGUUUCGGUCCUCUGGUGGAUAGCAGCAAGAACCCUCAGAAAUAUGUCAAGUACUCUCCCGAGGACCUCGAGCGGAUGCUCGGUGAGUUCUUCGAGGGGAAGCCUAUGAGUGAUGGGAGUUCUUCAAGGGGAAGCCGAUGACCGAACCGCGAUGCCGACGACCGCCUGAAGAUGGCAAUGUAAGUAAAAAAAAAAGCUUUUCCACUAUAGGCAUCAUUAAUUUUCUGAUACUGCUUCCAUAAAUAUGUAAAUGCCUCUAGUUAUUUGUGGUGUUAGACCAUCUUUAACAAAGUUUGCAUAUGAAGCUUAUUUAUCCCGUUUGUUUUAUAUAGAGCUGCUUGUUGAUAGCUAAUCUACUACAAGAUUUGUUGAGAUCGAUUAUAGUGUGUGUGGAGAUAAUCAGAUUGUGUGUUGUAGACAAUAAAGAAUUAGUGUUUUGGUUUUAGGAGAGCAAAAUCAGAGUUUGAGUAAUAAGUGUACGAAUACAUGCUUUGUUAAUUACCCAUCUAUUCUUUGUUUGUGAUGGACACAA